AUGAGCGAUGAGAUUUUAGAUAGAAAACAAAAUGUUCCACCUUUUGUCGCUCCUAACAAAAUAGAUCCUGUGUACAAUGCGAUUCAUAACUUCUUCAAUAAAGUUCCAAACUAUAAAAACGCAGAUUUUCUGAAAAUUUUUAAGGAACCAUUAAAACCAUCGCCACUCGAUCAAAAAAGCAAAGCAUUUCUCACCAAUGCCAAGAACACCAAUGAUUAUGAUUCGAUAAUUUCAUUUUUCAAUCAACAUCGAGAAUUAAUUCCUGAAGGUGUAAAAUUAAUCACAUCUGAAUCUUUAGUUGAAAACUAUAAGACAAAAUAUUACUUCGAUUAUCUUGGUAUAGCAAUAGAUUCAAAUAAUAUUCAUUUACUUUAUGAAAUUCUUUUUAAUCUUAAGCAGAAAACAUCAUUAUUCCAUGGAAAAGACUUAUCUGCAAUUACUGAGACUCUUAAACAAACAGAAUAUAUAACUCCAUUAUUUUUCGACUAUACAAUUUCUUCCUAUUAUGGAAUAGAGCAUAAAUUACCUCGUGACAUAUUGGCUAGUGCAACUUCCAUAGCUUGUAACGAGUCUUCAGUUUAUAUCGGCACAAAAAAUAAUACGAUUAUUGUUUUUCAAUCUCCUGGAUGCCAUCAUCAUUUCCAGCCUUACCAAAUUAACUUAGAAGAUAUCAAAAUGUACAAACAUUAUUCAUUAUGUCUUGUCGAAAAUCAUCUUUUCAUAGUUUCUCCAAAUCAAGUUGCCGAUUACAAUACGGAAACCAAGAAAUUCCAACAGAUAUCUUACAAGCGUCAAAAAGAUAAUCCAGCUUGCAUUGAUGGAAAAUUUUUGUAUGAUGUUAACAUUAACACCAACAAAGUACAUGUUUACAAGUUCGAAAAUGGAACUUUUGCUCAAGACAGAACAAUCAAGCUCCAAUUCCCUCAAUAUCAAAAAUCAACAAUCAAAGAAUGGGAAAUUCCAAUGGCAACGAACGGAACUUUCAUGGCAAUACUUCUUCCAGGCGUUAACCAGUACGUUUUCCAUAUCUUUUCAUUGAUUACUGGCGAAUUAUUGUAUCUUAAGUCAAUUCAGUCAGUUCCUGAAGUCCAAGCCGUUACGAUCUGUCCUAUUUCAGGUCGUACAGUUGUACACACACCAACAGAACUCACAAUAUUCCCUUCUCCCCAUAAUAUGCCAAAAUCUCAUUUCAAUACUAAGUAUCCAUCGAAUCCUGAUCCGAAAAACAUCAUCGACCAACUAUAUCUUGCAUUGUAUUAUGGUCGUGAAAUGUUUUACGAAGCAGAUCCCAACUAUUCACUUGGCAUAUUAAAUAAAUUUAUCCAAGACAACAACGAGAAAGGAAUCAACAUUGCAUUACAAAUCCUUAUGAGGCAAGACUUAAGUCACAACCCAGAUGCCAAUGCUUUACUCUGUGGUUUCUGCAAAAAACAGAGUUCACAAGAUAUGAAAAGAGCUGCUUUAUCUGUUUUCUUCUCUUGGAUCCGAAAUAACAAUGGAAAAGACAAGAAGAAAGUCCCACUCCCUAAUAUCUGUAACGAUAUGUUCAAGGAAGGCCAGAACUUGGACAUGGUCUAUCCUUUCUUCGAUUGCAUCAACUUUUCAACUUUCAAAUUAUCAAUGAAAGCUAUUGAAAACAUGAUCGUUUAUUUAUCAGACAAAAUUGAUAAAUAUCCAAUGCAAUCGGAGCAUAUCAUCAAGCCAUACUUGAUCAAGUACGUUCCAAAGCAUUUCUUGAGAGAUUACAAACAAAUCAUCAACACUCUCCAGAAAAUUUUGGAAAAUACCAAAAAUAUUUUACAAAAAGUGACAAAAUCAGAAAUUUUGGGACAAGAUUUCAUUGAAACAGUACAUUUUAGGAUCUGGAAAGUUCUCAUUUUCAUCUUGUAUUCCAUCAAAGACAAACUAGUUGAAUAUAUCCCUGAUUUCGUUCCUUAUUUGAACUUUUUGUCGAUUGAAGGAAUUCCUGAGAAUCCUGCCACUUUUUCAAUAAUUCAAGUUAUUGAUGACAGUCUUUAUUUAUUGCUUUGCUUGUUAUUUAGCAGCCCGCACAAGCGCCAAAGCAAAUUGUUCAAAGAUAUUGAAGAAUUCUAUCAAGAAUUCGAACAUCCUUUGAGCAGAAAAUAUCCUGAUGUCGAUAACAGAUUAUUUGAAGUUUUAAACAACUGUUAUGAUGUAUACGACAAAAAGAAAUUCAGUGAAGUUCUGUUUAGUCUCAGAAGAUAUUUGGUUUUCGAGAAUCCUGGCGCGAAACAAAGAUUGAAAUACAGAUUCGAAACACACAGUUAUUCCCUCAAAAACUGUGAAUUGUUCUUCAUGACAGGAAACUCAAAGAACAUGUUUGAAGUAUCAGAAAACAAAAUCAUCAAAGAGUUCGUUGAUUCAAUCACAAGAAAAUCACAAGUUCCGUUUGGUUUCGAAGUAGCUUUCUUCGGAUUUUUACCAGAAAUAAAAGAAAGAGUCGAAGAAUUUACAAUAGAUAUCGAACGCCCGAAACUUGCAAAGUUCAUACAACUCUUCAGAUGGCCUUACGCUUUCCCUUCUGAGAUCUUAAAGUCAGCGAGAAUCAUCAUUGACGCGUCAACAUUAAGUAAUUUGCCUCUUGAAGAUUUAGUAAGUAAAGGUUUUUCAAUGGAGAAUCUUCCACCGAUAAAUGAUCCGAAGAUUGCUAUCCAAGCACUUGCUGAUGAUAAAGAACCGGACAUGGAGUUCAGGAACUCUUUGAUUUGGUUGUAUGGCUGUCAAAUAACAAAUGAAAGUAUUUUUGACAAAAAUUUGUCAGAAAUUUUCAUUACAAAAGUUUUGACAAGCGACAUCAAGACGAUUGAAGUUUUAGUUAAUGGAUUGACUUAUGAUAAUUGUGAUAAUGAAUAUUCUAUAUUUGUUUUCAAGAAUUUGUUGACAAUUUUGCAAAAAUAUUGUGAAGGAAAACAAAACAUUUUAAGAGGAAUCAAAGAUUUGACUAAUUUAACAACUUGUAUCCUUUACAUUGUUGACUGCAUGAGAAAACAAUUAUUGAACGAGAAAAGCAAAUUCAAAGAAUUAUUAUUGAAUUUUUGUAAUGAAAAAAGUGACAAUUUCAGUACAAUUUGCUUGAUUCUCCAGAAUUCUAUUGAUAUCGCAAGAAAAGGUGUCAAAACAUCUAUUGUUAUGGAGUCAGGUGAACUAAUAAAAGGUGAAAUAACGUUCAUGGACGAUAACGGAGAAGAUAUAACGGUUUUGACAAAAGAAAACACGGAAAGAAAGAUUUCUCUUCUAAAUGUGAGACAUUGCUGGUGUUAUCCGAAGACAGAAAUCAAUCCUCGCAUGUUUGACAUGGAUUAUUUCGUUCAAAAAUUCAAAACUGUCAAACCAUCGUCAGAAAUUUCUGAAAUUUGGAUUACUGCUUCUUUCAUGUUCUUCGCAUCAUCAAAGAGGUUCAGAUCCAAAUGCGAUGAUGAUUUAAUCAAAAGAUCUUUGACAGAUGAUUUUAGUCACUUCACUUUUCGUAAUUUGAUUCCACAACUUCUUAAUUCGAUACCGAGUUAUUACGAUGGCAAUCUUCCGAUAUUUGCUUUCACGGAAGCAAAUGAUGAAAGUGAAAUACCAUGUGACAUGAAAGAUGGAUAUAUUUCCACACAUUUCUUGAGUGCAACUUACAUUUCUACACCUAUUUAUCCGUUUUCUGCUCAAAGAAUAAUAAUGAGAGUAAUGUCAAACGAUCAAAUUCAACCUGCAUUAGGAUUGAGAGUUUGUGGUUAUUCCUCUGAAUUAGAUAACCGUUUUGAAAUGUCAAAAGUUGACAUUGAAAUGUCAAAUUUAAUGGAACGAAAGAUUGUUGUCGAAAUUCAUCCAAGCAGAUCAGAAAUCAUCGUUGACAUUGACAGUGGUGCUCAAACAAUAAGAAAUUGUUAUUCACCAAGUUUGGAUGUGAUUUAUUUCAUAUCACAUAUCAGUCGAUUUACUGUUAUUGAGUAUCAUUUUGAAGAAUUGGAAGAAGAGAAGUAUUCCAUUGAUUACAACUUCAAACAGAAGAUAAUGAACAUAGAAACAACUGAUUACAAUGUUCCUUCAGUUGAAUCUAAACUUUAUAAUCGAAAAUUGUUUGCAGAUAGAAAGAGAUUAAUCAUCAAUUCUAUCAAACAAAUAAUUACGGCAUUAUUCAAGAUCCAAUUGAAUCCUUCCCAAUUCUUCGAUGUCUUAAGAAAUAUCAAUCAUUUCCCAUUAGAAGAAGUCAUUGACAUCGAAAAAAUGUCUUUGUCAGAAUUGUGGCUUGACAGUUCUGACAUUUUUGUCAAAAAUAUUAUUUCUUCAAUGAAUAAUCUUGAUAUGGAGCAAGUCAAAGAAUAUGUUUUGGCAAAGAUCAAUAGGAUAAGUAUUUUGGAUGGAAAUAAUCGUUCAGCUGUUUUGAUUCCACCAAAUAAUCCUGUUUUAUUAUCAAAUACUUUUGUUUUGUCAAAGGAUUCUUCCGUUCCUGUCAAAUAUUUGACAGUUGA